UCAUAUUAUUAUUCAAAGUCAAAAAGGAAAAUUUCUGUUUUCAUGUUCCAAAAUGCUUCCUCUCUACGGCUCGUUUCCUCAUCAACUCCAAUCCUCCGCCCCACCACCUCAACAGAACUCUAUGCCGUCUCAACCUCAAUUGGGUAUGAACAAUCCUCAAAUUCCAAUCCCUUUUUCUAAUAAUUCCAGUAACUAUAUGAAUAAUGGAGUGGCUAUGCCUAUGCCCAAUAUGGUAACUCAACCCGGCUUCAUGAAUGGACCUAACCAUCUUCUUCCUUCGCCAAAUAACCAUCUGGGCAUGCCCCCUUUAGGGUCACUUCGUCCUAUGCCUCAACAGGGGAAACCCCACGUGGGUUUUGGUCCACAAAGUGGUGUGAGCAAUAUGAACUCGGGUACUGCAUUUCCCGUUCACGGGCAAGCGUUUGGGCACAAUAAUCUAUCGAAUUUACCGCAAUUCAAUCAGAAUGCGGGUUCGCAGUUUGGGCAGUUUUGUCUGCCCAAUCAUACUAUGCAGAAUAUGAACCAGUUUGUGCCUAUGCAAAUGCCAAAUCUUCCUCAGUUUGUCCCUCCGAAUGGGUUCGGGGUUAUGGGCCAAGCGCCUCAGGCCACAGCUCUUCAAAAUCCUAGCUUUAAUUCGCACUUCGGUAAUGUGUCUCAUUAUAACCAAAUUGUACCGCAAGUUAAUCAGAAUCAGCAUAACUUUCCCCUGCCCAUUGCUGCACCUCAGCAAAUGCAAGCAAACUCGUCGACCAUUGUUUCUAAUUCGUUUCAGACAGAGCAAAGUAAUGACUUACAACCUCCAAUGUUCAUGGGAACACAGGGAAAUCCUUCAAAAACAGCUGGGCCUAAUAUCUCAAGUUCCGGUUGGAAAAAUCCAUUGAGUAAAAACUUUACAAAGAAUCCAAAAAGAGGGAUGAUGCAAGGGGGAUUUCAGAAUAAUCAGUUUCAUCACGUGAAAGGUGGAAAGAAAAAGUUUGGAUUUCCUAAUGCACACAAAGGAAGAGGGCUAAGCAAUGAGAAGUCGGGCAAGUUUGGUAUUGCUAACUCUAUGGCACAAGGGAGGGAACAAAGAAGAUCUCUUUCUUUGACGUAUACGGAACAAGAAAUUCGACAGUGGCGUGAAGAACGUAGAAAGAACUUCCCAUCAAAAGGCAACAUAGAGAAGAAACUUACUGAAAAGCUGCUCAACAAAGAGGCUUUUGAGAGGGAAGCCAAACUGCGAAAAGAGCAACUCAAGGAGAUUCUAGCCAAGCAAGCUGAACUGGGAGUUGAAGUUGCUGAAAUCCCGGGAUGCUCUCUCCCAGAUCCAAGGAAACAAGGGCAGGGAAGAGAAGAGAAUGGGAGGCCCUUAGCCAAGAAAGGGCGAAUACGCAACAAAUUUGAUAAAAGAGGAAGAAAUGAUAACAGAGAUCGGCAUCCUAAGAGACAGAGGUUAAAUGAUAACGGUUCGUCGGCUGUUUGUGUGUUGAACAGGAAGCAACCGACGUUAUUGAAGAAGCUUCUUAGCGCAGAUAUAAAGAGAGAUAAGAGCCGCUUGCUGCAGGCAUUUAGGUUCAUGGUAAUGAAUUCUUUCUUCAAAGAUUGGCCUGAUAAACCUUUGAAACUUCCUUCUGUGAUAGUCAAGGAAGGCUCCGUUGAAGAGGAUGCGAAUGACAUCGUUCCGAAUUCGGGGAAAGGUGACUUGGAGCAUACGGAUAAGACUGUGUUAGGAAAGUUUGACGAUGCUGAUCAUAGUGACGACGACAAUGAUGGUGGUGAAGAUGACAGCAAAAAUAGUGACUGUGAUAAACAUGAGAACGUGGAAGAAGAAGAAGAGGGUGAAAUCAUUAAUUAAAAUUAUCUCCCUCUAUGCCGCCUUCUCCAGCAUUGUAUUGUUGUAUUUAUAUGCUUUUCCUUUUGGUGAGCUGGGUUCUUCAGGUUUUUAAAUUCGUGAAAUUAAGAAUUUGAUGUUGAGUUUUGCUUGUUUGUAAAAAGCAAUGCCAAAUACACCCCAAAAAAAAAAAAAAUGCAGUAGAGAACA